AAGAAAAGAGUGGAAAAAGGAGAGCUGUGAUCACAUGGACUUGUCUUUCUCUUACUGGCUCCUUCAUUCAACCUUUUCUUUCAUACCCUCUCUUUCUCUAUUUCCCUUCUCUUCUUCUUCUCUUUCCUAGAUUCUUCCUCUUUUCUCUCUACCCUCUGCCAUGGCUGAGGAUAAGGAGAUGUCCUCCUCCGUCGUCAAUGACAAUGAUUCCGUCACUGGUCACAUCAUAUCCACAACUAUUGGAGGCAAAAACGGGGAGCCCAAACAGACUAUUAGUUACAAGGCCGAACGAGUGGUAGGAACUGGCUCGUUUGGAAUUGUUUUCCAGGCAAAAUGCUUGGAAACUGGGGAGGCAGUGGCCAUUAAAAAGGUUUUACAGGACAGAAGAUACAAGAACCGUGAACUACAGUUAAUGCGAGUCUUGGAUCAUCCAAAUGUGAUCUCACUGAAACAUUGUUUCUUCUCAACUACAAGUACAGAUGAACUUUUUCUAAAUUUGGUGAUGGAAUAUGUUCCGGAGUCCAUGUAUAGAGUCUUAAAGCACUAUAGCAAUGCUAAUCAAAGAAUGCCUAUCAUCUAUGUGAAACUUUACAUGUACCAGAUUUUCAGGGGAUUGGCAUAUAUUCACACUGUUCCCAAAGUUUGUCACAGAGACUUGAAGCCUCAAAAUAUUCUGGUGGAUCCUCUUACACACCAAGUAAAGCUAUGUGAUUUUGGAAGUGCCAAAGUUCUAGUGAAAGGUGAAGCUAAUAUAUCAUACAUAUGUUCACGAUUCUAUCGUGCCCCAGAACUUAUAUUUGGUGCUACAGAGUAUACAACUUCUAUUGAUAUUUGGUCAGCUGGCUGUGUCCUUGCUGAACUUCUUCUGGGCCAGCCAUUAUUUCCAGGAGAAAAUGCAGUAGACCAGCUUGUACAUAUUAUAAAGGUGCUUGGCACACCAACUCGAGAGGAAGUACGCUGUAUGAAUCCCAGUUACAAUGACUUUAGAUUUCCACAGAUAAAAGCACAUCCAUGGCACAAGAUUUUUCACAAAAAGAUGCCUCCAGAAGCUAUUGAUCUGGCAUCUCGGCUUUUGCAAUACUCUCCAAGUCUUCGGUGUACUGCGCUUGAAGCAUGCGUACAUCCUUUCUUUGAUGAACUACGAGAACCCAUUGUUCGCCUGCCAAAUGGCCGUCCAUUUCCUCCUCUAUUUAACUUCAAACAGGAAUUAACCGGAGCGUCUCCAGAGCUUGUUAACAAGUUGAUACCUGACCAUGUGAAGCCACAAAUAGGAAUGCAAUUUGUUCAUCCAAUAGGAUCAUGAUGAUAAGCUAGCAGGGACAUAAUGUAUACUAGUUGAUAAGUUAAACGAAAGUAGAACUGUUAUUUUUGUUUAAAUUACCAUCUUUUUUACCUGGCCAGUGUAGUCUCAAGCUGAACCUGGACUGAGAUUUGGGGUGCAGGAUGGCUACACUUGAUCUAUCUGCAUAUGUAUACACCUUUUGAUUCUCUGUGACCACUGUUGGAUCUUAUUUUGAGGCAAGUAGCCUUGUUUAUGUGUAGUAGUAGUAGUAUACUUGGUCUGAAAUGGUCAGAACUUAGAAUACUUAUGUAAGGGGAAAACUAAAGCCUUGGCUGGAAGAAGGGAAGGGAGGGUCCACAUAGGUUUUUGGGUUGUUGGGUUUAAUUUAUUUUACUCCUUGUUAAUGUAACGUGCUUUUUAUAAAUGCUGUUGACCAGUUUCUUUCCUUGUGAAAUGUAAUGUUGCUAUCUGUAUGUUUUCUUUUCUUUA